UCCAAUGCGCUCUUUACGGUCAGUAUCAACGCCGAAGAAUGGCCUCCAAAUUAACACUCAAGCAACAUCGUAACUUUACGUCCGCAGAAACCACUAAGGCUGAUCGUGAGACUGGUGAAAAAGAGAAAAACACAGAAACAAUUACGGGAGAGACAACAGUCGAAGAGACGGAAAAGACUGAGACCAUCACAGAAGAAAGUGUGAAAACCAAGAAAGAGGAAACUACGAAUGAGAUGUCCGUAACGCAGAAAGAGACGGAAAAGACAGAAUCCACAACAGAAGAGACUGUGACCGAGGUAUCAGCGAAGAAAGAGACCAAGAGAGAAGAAACAACAGUCGAAGGCGCCGAGAAGACUGAGACCAUCACAGAGGAGAGCUUAGAGAUAAAGAAAGAACAAACUGAGGUGGCAAAGGAGGAAAUCACGACGGAACAGACAGCAGCAGUCGUGGAAACGAAGAAGACUGAAGUUACCACGGAAGAAAGAGUUGAAAACAAGAAGGAAGAAACUGCAACGGAGGUUUCAAUGACGAAGGAAGAGACCGAUACUACAGAAACCACAACAGAAGAGACCACAGCAGUCGAAGAAACCGAGAAGACUAAGAUUUCUACGAAAGAGGAAGUAGAAAUAAAGAAGGAAGAAACUGUGACAGAGGAAUCAGCGAAGGAAGAGACCAAAAAGGAAGAAACCAAGAAAGAACAGACAACAGUCGAAGAAACGGAAAAGACUGAGACCAUCACAGAAGAGAGCAUAGAGACCAAGAAAGAACAAACUCAGGUGACAAAGGAAGAAACCACAAUGGAAGAGACGACAGCAGUCGAGGAAACGAAGAAGGCUGAAGUUACCACUGAAGAAAAAGUGGAAACCAAGAAAGAAGAAACUACAACGGAGGUUUCAAUGACGAAGGAAGAGACCGAGAGGACGGAAACUAAAACAGAAGAGAUGACAGCGGUCGAAGAAACUGAAAAGACUAAGAUUUCUACGAAAGAGGAAGUAGAAAUAAAGAAGGAAGAAACUGUGACAGAGGAAUCAGCGAAGGAAGAGACCAGAAAGGAAGAAACCAAGAAAGGAGAGACAACAGUCGAAGAAACGGAUAAGACUGAGACCAUCACAGAAGAGAUUGCCGAGAUCAAGAAAGAACAAACUCAGGUGAAAAAGGAGGAAACCAAAACGGAAGAGACAACAGCAGUCGAAGAAACGAAGAAGGCUGAAGUUACGACUAAAGAAAAAGAGGAAACUAAGAAAGAAGAAACUACAACUGAGGUGACGGUAACGCAGGUAGAGACCGAAAAGACAGAGACCACAACCGAAGAGACUAUAGCAGUCGAAGAAACUGAAAGGACUGAGACUUCGACGAAAGAGGAAAUAGGAACUAAGAAAGAGGAAACUACAGCUGAGAUGGCGGUAACGCAGGGAGAGACCAAAAUCGAAGAAACCAAUAAAGAAGAGACAACGGUAGCUCAAGAAACGGAAAAGACUGAGACCAUCACAGAAGAAAGCGCAGAGACCAAGAAAGAACAAACUGAGGUAUCAGUGACAAAAGAGGAAACCAAAAAGGACGAAACAAAGACAGAAGAAACGACUUCAGUGACAGAAGCCGAGAAGACUGAGGUUGUCGAGGAACAAAGCGUAGAGACAAAGACAAAAGAAAGUGUGUCUGAGGAGGUAUCAGUUACACAAGAAGAGACCAAAAAGGAAGAAUCAACAACGGAAGAGACGACAGCAGUCGACGAAACGGAGAAGACUGAAGUUACCACUGAAGAAAAAGUGGAAACUAAGAAAGAAGAAACUAAAACUGAGAUAACGCAGCAAGACACCAAAAAGGAAGAAACCUCAACAGAAGAGAUAGCAGUCAAAGAAACCGAGACUGAGGAAAAAGUGGAAACGAAGAAAGAAGAAACUACAACUGAGGUUUCAAUGACGAAGGAAGAGAGCGAAAAGACAGAAGCAAAGAAAGAAGAAACCACAGUAGUUGAAGAAACGGAGAAAACUGAAGCUAUCAUAGAAGAGAAAGCAGAAACCAAGAUAGAAGAAACUAUAGCUGAGAAGUCAGUGACGCAAGAAGAGACAAAAAAGACAGACACUAAAAAAGAGGAAACCAAAGUAGUUAAAGAAACCGAGAAAAUUGAGGUUGCCAAGGAAGAAACUGCGACCGAGGUUAAGAAAGAGGAUAAGGUAGAAACCAAGAAAGAGGAGACAGCAGUAGUUCAAGAAAAGGAGAAAACUGAAGUUACCAAGGAAGAAAGCGAAGAAACCAAGACUGAGGUAUCAGUGAAGGAGGAGGAAAAGACAGAAACCAAGACAGAGGAGACGACAGUAGUUAAGGAAACCGAGAAGAUGACUGAGGUUACGAAGGAAGAUAGUGUAGAAACAAAGAAGGAAGAAACCGAGACCGAGGUAUCAGUUAAGGAAGACGAAAAGACAGAAACCAAGAAAGAGGAGACAACAGCAAUCACAGAAGCUGAAAAGACUGAGAUUACCAAGGAAGAAAGUACAGAGACAAAGAAAGAAGAAACUAAAACUGAAGUGUCGGUGACGCAGGAAGAGGCCGAAAAAACGGAAGAGACAAAAUUAGUCGCAGAAACGGAGAAGACACAAGAAGAGACGAAAAAGGCAGAUACCAAGAAAGAAGAGACUGUAGAAGAAACUAAAGAAGAAGAUGCUAAAAUAGAAACCAAGGUGGAGGAGACCAAGGAAGAGAGUGUAGCAGCUAAAAAGGAUGAAACCGUUACUGAGGCGAUAUCUGUGUCACAAGAAGAGACUGAAAAGACUGAAACUAAGAAAGAAGAGACAACAAUAGUCCAGGAAGAGUCCACCAAGAAAACUGAAGUUACUUCAGAAGAGAAGGUAGAAACGAAGGAAGAAACUGCGACUGAAGUGUCAGUUAAAGAAGAGGAAAAGACAGAAACCAAGAAAGAAGAGACGACAGCCGUCACGGAAGCCAAGAAGACUGAGGUUACGAAGAAAGAGAGUGUAGAAACCAAGAAGGAAGAAACUGCGACUGAUGUAUCUGUGAAGGAGGAAGAAAAGACAGAAACCAAGAAAGAAGAUACUGCAAUAGUUGAACAAACUAAGAAGACUGAAGCUACCAAGGAAGAGAGUGUAGAAACUAAGAAGGAAGAAACAACGACUGAGGUGUCAGUUAAAGAAGAGGAAAAGACUGAAACCAAGAAAGAAGAGACGACAUCAGUCAAGGAAGCCGAGAAGAUUGAGGUUACGAAGGAAGAGAGUGUAGGAACCAAGAAGGAAGAAACUGCAACUGAGGUAUCUGUGAAGGAGGAGGAAAAGACAGAAACCAAUAAAGAAGAUACUGCAGUAGUUGAAGAAACUAAGAAGACUGAAGUUACCAAGGAAGAGAAAGUGGAAACCAAGAAGGAAGAAACUACGACUGAGGUAUCAGUGAAAGAAGAGGAAAAGACUGAAACCAAGAAAGAGGAGACGACAGCCGUCACGGAAGCCGAGAAGACUCAGGUUACGAAGGAAGAAAGUGUCGAAGCAAAGAAAGCAGAGACUGUAGCAGCCACAGAGGCCGAGAAGACUGAACUUACCACGAAACAGACUGUAGAAACCACAAAGGAAGAAACUGUGACUGUGGCAGUGUCCGUGUCACAAGAAGAAGCUGAAAAGACAGAAAGUAAGAAGACGGAGACUACAGUAGCCAAAGAAACCAAGAAGGCUGAGGUUACUAAGGAGGAGAAAGUGGAAACAAAGGAAGAAACUACAACUGAGGUAUCAGUAACACAGAAAGAGACAAUGAAGGAGGAAACGAAGAAAGAAGAGACAGCAGCUGUAGUCACAGAAGCCAAAGAGACUGACGUUACCACGGAAGAUAGUGUAGAAACCCAAAAGGACAAAACUGUGACACAAGAAGAGACUGAAAAGGCUGUAGCUACUAGGACGGAAGAGACAACAGUAGUCGAAAAGGCUGACGUUACAGCGAAGGAGGAGGUAGAAACCAAGACGGAAAUAACUGCAACCAAAGAGAAGGAAGAGGGAAAGGCAGAGACCAAGACAGAAGAGUCCAAAGAAGUCAAAGUUGCCGAGAAGGCUGUGGUUACCAAAGAAGGAAAAGCUGAAACGAAGGACGAAACUGCUAAGGAAACCUUAGACCAAAAGAAAGAAACCAAGAAAGAGGAAACGACAGAUGUCAAAGAGACAGGAAAGAUUGAAGUUACCACGCAACAGAGUGUAGACACUAAGAAGGAAGAAACUGCCACAGAGGUAUCAUUGACAAACGAAGAAGCCACCAAGUCAGAGACCAAAACCGACGAGACAACAGCAGUAGCCCAAGUAGUCGGAAAGACUGAGAGUGCCAAGGAAGAAAAGGUUGAAACAAAGGAAGACAUGAAGGUAUCAGUGACGACGGAAGAGACUGGAAAGGAAGAAAGCAAGAAAGAAGAGACAGAGGUAGUCGCACAGGCCGAGAAAAGUACAGUUACCGCGGAAGAGAGCGUAGAGAUAAAGAAGGAAGCAACAGCAACUGAGAUAUCCGAAACGCAAGAAGAGGCCAAAAAGGUAGAAACCAAGAAAGAAGAGACAGCCAAAGCUACUAGCAGCGAGAAAACAGACGUUACGAAGGCCUCGGAAAAGACAGUAGACGAAAUUAAGACGGAAACCAAGAAAGAAGAGGCGAAAGCAGCUGUUAAGACGGAGAAGACCGAACUUACUGCACAAGAGGCUAAUCAGUUGACAACGAAGGAUGCCGUUAAGGGAGAAUCAAAGACUAAAGAAGUCAAUGCUGCAGUCGAAGAGACCAAAGCAGUUGACGUAAAGGUAGAAGAGAAAAGGGCACAAAGCAGUACAUCAGUAGACAUUAAGACCGAAAAAUUGGAAAAGGGGGAUGCGGUGAGCAAAAAAGAGGAGUCGGCUAAAUCAGUGGCAACCAAAGAGGAGCUGUCUGUAUCUACCAAGAAAGCACAACUAUCCGUAAAUGGAAUCCAAACGAUAGAGCAAGCAAUGGUAUUCAAAUCACAGGUGGUAAAGUUGACGUCAGAAAUGAAAACAAAGAUGACAUCGAUCACUACCACUAUUUCUAAACAGUCCGUAUUUGCAAGCACCACUAUCACAAUCGUGGUGACGACAUCCAGUGUGCUCAGCGUCCAGACCUCCGUCACUCGCGCCAAGUUCUCUUGCGUAGAGACGGCGACCGAGGCCGGAGCCUGGUGUGCGAAAGUCAACGACGACAAACAGUUUCUUCUGAUCGACCUGGAGUCCGCUCAGCUGGUCACCGGGAUCGUCACACAGGGGAGGAACUCCAGCCCGGACUGGCCGGGGGGACCGACACAGCAGUGGGUGACGUCAUACACACUGUCGUACGGUUUGGAGAACGGAGAUGAAAUAGAGUACAAAGAUGCCAAUGGAGAAGUUGUGGUAUUCAAGGGCAACGUCGAUACCGAUACACCUGUCAGUCAUUCCUUCAAAACAUACAGCGGCACAUUCACGGCACGAUUCGUCAAGAUUCGCAUGGUCAGCUGGCAUGAGCACAUCGCAAUGCGGGCUGAGGUCAUCAUCGAGAAAGCAAAGACGUCUUCCAAGACGUCUGCCUCGUCUCAAGCAAAGGAGAAGACGUCCACUAGCAUACCAACUGGGCUACUGGCGAAAGGUUUUGCCUUCUUCACCUCCAAGGUCAAGACCAAGGUGCAAAAAUUCACAUUCGGAGAGGCUACUACAACAACGAAGACAACUGCGACAAAGGUGACCACUUCCAAACGCAAGAAAAAGAGCUCGCGCAAGAAGAAGGCUGAAACGUCCACCUUACGUGUAACCCAACACCACAGCUCAAUGGCAAGUCUAAGUGGCAUGCUUUAGAUACUAGGAUACUGGGAAAGUGCUGUUGAACAGAUAUGUCUUUAUAAUAUGUUGGGGUAUCGAUCGUUUAUCGAUCGUUUAUCGAUUAUCGUUGGUCAGAACUAUUUGUCUAGGCCACAUCCAUGUAACAUGAGUAAACCGCCCUCCACCGGUAGGGCCCAUAGAACAUGGAAGAAGCUUGAUGACUCACCUACCACCGAGUCUGGGAACAGCAUACUAAGUAAGCGAUAGGAUAAUUUGACUGAAAUUUAGAUUUGGACAAAGGGAUGAUACGCAGAUGCAUAUCGUUGCACUGGGCUACUAGAGGGUGAAUAAUAGAAGUCAGGGAAGAGAAUUGCCAAGGAACAGUCAGACCUAGAUAAAGGAAGGGACAGAGGAAAAAGGUUGCUGAGUACUGGUGGGCAGGGUGUUAACAAUAUAAAACUGAUGAAACUGGUUUAAUGUGGCUUGUGACCGGAGGUGGCUGCGUGCGCCCGGUGGUUGCCCGAUAUUGUGAUACACUUAAUUGGUAAGUUGAACAAGCUUUAAGAUAUCCAAUAUUGGUUAUGAAUAUGCAAUUGGUACUAAUGUAUGGUUAGAAGGUUCAAACAAAGCAAUUUCAUGCAAUUU